UUACCUCUUCUUUCCCUAGCCGUCUAUCCUACCUACCUUACUUAUAUUCAUAUACGAGGGUAGGUGGAUAGUUGCUAGCUUCACGCCUUCUAAAUCUUGCAAGGGUCCAAUCACAAUCUCACCUUCAUAUUAAUAAACAAAGUAGGCACGAUUUACGUGUUCAUACUACAUAACAUCGGGUUCCUCUACCUUGGAAAACCAUGUCGACUAUAUCUCCACAUGCGCCGGCUUCAGAGGCUGGAUACCUUAACCAGGAUGCUGAAACUCGCACCGUGAUGGCUGAAGUACCAGUAACCUUACCUUCCACCCCUAAGAAAUCCAAGCAACAAACCCCUCAGGAAGCUAUUGAUGAAUUCUGGAGCAAAUUCACUACUAAAGCUCCUGGAAAAGCAACUACCGUUAUCCCACAUAAUGAGUAUGCCGAAAAGGCGGCGAAACGAUCAACUAAAGCCGUUGGCACCAAUACCCAAAUAUCGUAUGAAGAGGCCGCCGCUGUCUGCAAGGCCAAGGUCGCCAAGAUUGUGAAGGAGUGUCGUCGUGUAAACCAGAAAUAUCGAGAUCCGCAUUUCGAUCUCGAGAUUGAUUUGAAAUGGGGUAGUCAGGAUACACUUGAAUCCCUCUGUAAUCUCAAAGAGAACACCGAUCCAGGUUUUAGGCCCAAGAGUGUCAAGCGUGUGGUUGACAUCUUCGACGACCCUAAGUUCUAUAUCGAAGGUCCCACAGCCAACGACGUUAGACAGGGUCGUGAUGGUGAUUGUUGGCUGCUCGCUGCCCUAUGCACCCUCAGUAACAAGCCUAGUUUGAUUGAGAGGCUCUGCGUUGCUCGUGACGAGCAGGUUGGUGUAUACGGAUUCGUCUUUCACCGUGACGGCGAAUGGAUCUCCGAAAUCAUUGACGAUAAGUUGUUUCUUACCAAACCUGACUUUGACGAAAGCUUCCUUGAGCGCAUGCUUUGGGAAGAUCGUGAGAGAAUCAACUCCGAGGAGCAGUAUCGUAAGGCCUACCAGAGUGGAUCCGGCGCGUUGUAUUUUGCGCAAUGUGAGCAUGAGAAUGAAACUUGGUUGCCUUUGCUUGAGAAGGCAUAUGCCAAGGCGCACGGCGACUAUGCAGCAAUUGAAGGUGGUUACACAGGUGAGGGCAUUGAAGAUCUCACCGGUGGUGUCACGUCAGAGCUCUAUGCCACAGAUAUUCUAGACAAGGAAUACUUUUGGAAAGAGGAACUCAUGAAGGUCAACGAUGAAUUUCUUUUUGGGUGCUCGACAGGGAUGUGGGGCGUCGGUUACGGCGAGCGUAAAGGGAUCGUCGAGCUUCAUGCUUAUUCGAUCAUGAAGGCUGUUGAUAUAGAUGGUCAGCGGCUUGUCCUGUUAAAAAAUCCGUGGGGCAAGGGUGAAUGGAAGGGCGCUUGGAGCGACGGGUCUAAGGAAUGGACUGCCGAAUGGCUGCUUAAGCUUAAUCAUCGCUUCGGUGAUGACGGAAACUUCUGGAUUUCUUACGACGACCUACUCCGCAAGUAUCAAGCUUUUGACCGAACCCGAUUAUUUGGGCCAGAGUGGAAAGUCACUUCUCUCUGGACAACCCUGUCCGUACCAUGGACCUUGGACUACCAUGACACAUAUUUUACAUUCUCACUGGCGAAGACCGGACCGGUGGUUAUCGUUCUCUCCCAACUUGAUGACCGCUACUAUCGUGGUCUCGAAGGUCAAUAUCGAUUCGAAAUGAACUUCCGUCUACACAAAAAUGGCCAGGAGGAUUAUGUUGUCCGGAGUAUUAGCCCUUACUGCCAAAACCGCUCAGUCAAUGUUGAACUAGAGCUAGAAGAGGGUGAAUAUACCGUCUUGCUAAAGAUCGAUGCGACUCGCUACAUGGACAAACUACCUAUAGAAGAGGUAGUUCGUAACAAUGCGAGAGACCGCAGGGACAAGCUAGUUGCCGUCGGUAUGUCAUACGAUCUAGCUCACAGUAAAGGGAAAGUCAUUGAAACCCCCGAAGAAAAGAAGGCUCGGAAGGAGGCAGAGAAGCGCAAGAAGGACAAGGAACGCCAAAAACUCAAGAAGGAAAUCAUGGAGGGCCGACGCAAACGGCAUUAUAUUCGCGUUAAAGACCACGCAAAACGCCAGGAGAAAAAGGCUAAGGCUAAGGCAAAGGCGCAGGCUAAGAAGGCUGCGAAAGCUGAGAAGGCUAAGGCCAAGGAGGCUUCUAAGGAAGAGACCGGAGAUGCUAAGGAUCAAUCUCUAGAAUCGGAAAAAGAAAAGCAUGUUCAUGUUGUUUCCCCAGCGCCGGAGGAUUCAAAGAAGGAGCUGGGUUCCGAAUCAAGCACGGAACCAAACGUUGAGACACCGUCUACUGAAUCUGAGAAGCCUGCCGAGGCUUCGAAGGUAUCCGAAGAAUCGAAAGUGGAUGAGACUCCGACUCCUAGCAAGGACGAAGUUAAAGAUGUUAAAGAAAAGCCAACAGCCGAGGGAUCGGAGUCCACAGACCACCCAGAAAGUUCUGAAAAGGCCGCUGACGAGAAGACUCCCGCUGAUGACUCGAAAGACGGAAAGCCCAAGCCAGUUGAAGAGGGGAAGGAGAAAGCAACGGAAGAUGAAGAUGAGGAUUCCUCCUCUGAUGAGAGCGACAUUUCGUCUGUGUCAGAAAUCAGCGACCGGGAGCUCGACAUUGAACUUGAGGAUCGUGCCAACGCCCCGUCUCCGCCUCCCCCACCACCUGCCGGUGCACCGGAGGAAGAACCCGACGAAUUUGAGAGUAACCCUUGGAAUGCAGUCGCUACCGUUGGCCUCCGUGUCUACUAUAAAGUGUCCGACGAAGAUAAAGACAAGGAGAUAGUCAAGUUAUCGGUUGUGCGUCCAAACCCUUACGCUAAGGACAAGGAAAAGAGCGACAAGGACGACGAUGAGGAAGAGGAGGAUAAAGACAAAGAGCCCAAGAGCUCCAAGGGUCUCGACAUCGACGAUAGCUCGAAGGAUGCUACAUUAGUAGGAAAUAAUGAGCAGAGGAAGAAGAGUAUCAUGUCGCUCAUACCCCCGACUAACUGAGGGUAUAUGCCUCAUAGAAUACAGCUACGAUGUAAGUUUCCGUAGGUAAGACCGAACCAGUGUUGAAGGAGCCUGGAAAAAGAUUGGUAUGUUUUGGCGAGUCGAGGAAAAUGGAUAAAAAAAAUUUCUAGUUUAGUAUACAAUUUUUAGAAUACUCUUCUCUUCGAUAAAAUCAUUAUGAUGCCAAGCCCUAGCUUUGUGUUUUUAUUUGGUUC